AUGCAGUUUGAUCACGAGAACAUCUUCAAUCUCCUUGUCCAGGUUUACGGUGCGAAUCAAGAGAUUCGUGAUCACAGUGGGAAAAAAGCUAGACAAUAUUUAGCGUCACAAGAAGCUGCGGUUAGCCAAGAUACUUUUCGCAAGAAAGAUCUUGGUUUUCUUCGCAUUGGAUCCCUGAACGUCCGCGUGAAACGCACAACGGAAGCAUUCAGCCAAUUUUUGGGUGUAGCAACUAACACGAAUAAUGAAAAAAUUCACAAAAGUUGGGGCUCAGCUGAUAAUAUUCAGGAACACAAAAUGAUGCCACCACCAAAGUACGCACCGAUAAAAAAGCGCAGAAGUAAAAGAGCUACCGACUUUUCAUCUCAUCAACAAGCCAUAAGUCAACCAAGUACACCGUUACCACAGAACAAGGAUGUUAUCGGCAACAAAAGCCCUAAAUUAAAAAAUAAACGACCUUCUUCGACAACUUCUGUUACUCAAACAUUCCAAACAUUACCAUCCGUAAUGUUAGACUCUGACUCAGAUGGUGCAUGUGGAUUUGAUUCCGCAUGGCGUGGUUCAGCUCAAUUAUAA